UUAACACAUCACUACUUCAUUUGUUUGGCCUUCUAUUUCACUUCUUCUAAGAUGAACAGGAAGGCAGGGGACUGGAACUGUAAGUCCUGCAACCACCUCAACUUCAGCCGGCGGGACACUUGCCAGCACUGUGGACUGCCGAGGAUCGGCGUUCCCGCUGGUUUCAACGAAGAAAACCAGCCGCCGCCGAGGAUGGUGGAGUUUAAGCCCGGCGACUGGUAUUGCUGCUCCUGCUGUGCUCAUAACUAUGCUAGCCGUUACAGUUGCUUCAAAUGUGGAGCUUCCAAGGUCGCCAGCAAUGCCGGAGCUCCAUCUUCCGGCCAUGGCUCUCGCCCUCCUGGUUGGAAAUCUGGUGACUGGAUCUGCAACAGGCUUGGAUGCAAUGAACAUAAUUUUGCAAGCAGGUCUGAAUGCUUUCGAUGCAAUACGCCGAGGGAAAACAUUGGUGGUUGACUGUUACUAGAAGAGCUAGUGGCUUUUAAGAAAAGACUUCUUUUCUGAGAGCUUGAUGUAGUUUAUGUACUCAAAUAAUUCUACUAAUGAGCUAUGCCAAUCUUUCUUGCUUCUUGAUCCUUUUUGUAAUAAGGUAUUUUUGCUUACUUAGUUGUAGUUAAGAAUCUGGUUAUAAGAUAUGUAACUUUGGUCUUAAAUAAUGAAGUGUUCAUCAA